GUUAGUUUGCUUCUUGGAUCUUGGAUCGUGGUAUAUGUGGAAAUGAGAAAUCCAUUUUAGUUGGGUCGUUGAAUAUUUUCUGGACUUUCUUGUUUUCCCCCAAGAACUUGAGAUACCACUUUUAAUACAAUGGCAGCGACUCAGACCCAGGUUUACGAUGAUACCAAGGAGGGGAAGGAACAUACCGAGCACGCGGAUGUUAGGAAGAUCCGAAUCACUCUUACCUCUACGGAUGUAGCCGCGCUCGAGAAAGUAUGCACGGAAUUCAUUCAGAAAUCGAAGGAGAAGCGCGUACGAACCAAGGGCCCAGUCCGCAUCCCGACGAAAAUUCUCCGCAUCACAACCCGGAAAACACCGUGCGGUGAAGGAUCCAAGACAUGGGAUCGCUUCCAGAUGCGCAUACAUAAGCGAGUAAUCGAUCUGUUUAGCGUCCCUGAAACUGUUAAACAAAUCACUUCCUUUUCUAUUGAGGCUGGUGUAGAAGUGGAGGUGUCGAUCGAAGGAAAGUAGAGUAUGAGCACUAAAUAAAUUUUCAGAAGCCGU